AUAUUCCUUUUCCCAACGCACACAUGCACGCCCAAACAAAAAACCAGGCCCGGAGUCAACUUCCCGUGCGCGGAUUACAUUCAUCGGCCUGUGAUUUUUCCUGGUUUAGAGAGUGUGCCGAGGAAGAUCCUGACUGUCCUUAAAUAACCCAGAGACCCAGACGCCUUUCGCUCGACUCCAUUUUCAGAUCUCUGCUUCUUGACCUGUGUCGUGAGAAGAAAACCAGAGCAGAGCAGUGCAUGGAGCAGAGUGGUCGCAAGCGCGUGACGGCCGGCAUGGGUGGUGCUCGUCGGCUUCUGGUCCUCCUCCCGCUCGCCGCUAUCCUCCUCCUAGCCACGGCGGCCGGCGCGACCGCCGGGGUAACGAGCGGGUACCGGCGGAAGCCGGAGGCGACGGCGGACAUGCCGCUCGACGCCGACGUCUUCCGCUUGCCGCACGGCUACAAUGCUCCCCAGCAGGUGCACAUCACGCUGGGGGACCAGACGGGCACGGCGAUGACGGUGUCGUGGGUGACGGCGAGCGAGCCGGGCAGCAACACCGUCGCCUACGGCCGCUCACCGAAGAAGAUGGAGAUGUCGGCGCAGGCCACGCAGACGCGCUACGACUACUACAACUACACCUCCGGAUUCAUCCACCACUGCACGCUCACCGGCCUCAAGCACGGUGUCAAGUACUGGUAUGCGAUGGGGUUCGGCCACACGGUGAGGACCUUCUCCUUCACCACGCCGCCAAAGCCAGGCCCUGAUGUGCCCUUCAAGUUCGGACUCAUCGGUGAUCUUGGGCAGACGUUCGACUCGAACAGCACGCUGUCGCACUACGAUGCCAACGGCGGCUCGGCGGUGCUCUUCGUGGGCGACCUCUCCUACGCCGACGCCUACCCGCUCCACGACAACAACCGGUGGGACAGCUGGGCGCGCUUCGUUGAGCGCAGCGUGGCUUACCAGCCGUGGCUGUGGACCGCCGGCAACCACGAGCUGGACUACGCGCCGGAGAUCGGCGAGGCGACGCCCUUCAAGCCCUUCACCCACCGCUACCCGACCCCGUUCCGCGCCUCCGGGAGCACGGAGCCCCUCUGGUACUCCGUCAAGAUUGCUUCCGUGCACGUCAUCGUGCUCUCCUCCUACUCCGCCUACGGCCAGUACACGCCGCAGUGGACGUGGCUGGACGCGGAGCUGCGGCGCGUGGACAGGAAGGUCACGCCAUGGCUCGUCGUGCUCAUGCACUCGCCCUGGUACAACAGCAACGGGUACCACUACAUGGAGGGCGAGAGCAUGCGGGUGCAGUUCGAGCGGUGGCUCGUCGACGCCAAGGUAGACCUCGUCCUCGCCGGACACGUCCACUCCUACGAGCGCAGCCGCCGCUUCUCCAACGUCGCCUACGACAUCAUCAACGGCAAGGCCACGCCGGUGCGUAAUCUGGACGCGCCCAUGUACAUCAACAUCGGUGACGGAGGCAACAUCGAAGGCAUCGCCAACAACUUCACGAAGCCGCAGCCGAGGUACUCGGCGUUCAGGGAAGCGAGCUUCGGGCACGCGACUCUGGAGAUCAAGAACCGGACGCACGCCUACUACGAGUGGCACCGUAACCACGACGGCGCCAAGGUCGUUGCCGACUCCGUGUGGCUCACAAAUAGAUACUGGAUGCCCACCCACGACGACUCCAACUGAUCCUCACAUCACAGGGAUGCAUUCUGACGAAAUAAACAUGUAGCAGACACAAAUGCCAAAUGGCAUACAUUCCAGCAGUUGUGUAGCUAUCGUGAAUCUCUGUUGUGUGUGAGCCACGGGUAGACCAGUCAUGUCUCGGGGGUGUUUUCAAAAGAGUUGUAAACCUUGCUUUUUUGGUACCUCAAUGCAUUGGCAAUUUGGCA